CCAUCCUUUUUUCCAGCUGUGUCAGAGUCCAAAACUGACAAAAAACUAACAGUCUUCUUCUACAAUGACAGAUAGAGUUAAAGAGCUCGUGUCAAAGUGCCUGCAGGCCCGGGACAUGGCUUACUGUCCCUACAGCCGCUUCCCUGUCGGUGCCGCCAUACUGACAGCAGAUGGCGCCAUAAUUACAGGCUGUAACGUGGAGAACGCCUCCUACGGUCUGACGGUGUGUGCUGAGCGGACGGCCAUCCAGAGAGCCGUGGCGGAGGGACACAGACAGUUCACCGCCAUCGCUGUGACAUGUGACAUCAAAGACAGUUUUGUGGGGCCGUGUGGAGCAUGUCGACAGGUUCUCAUGGAGUUUGGAUCAGACUGGAUUGUAUACUUGACCAAGCCGGACGGAUCUUACAAAGAAACCAGCCUGAGUGAACUGUUGCCUCUGGCCUUUUCUCCAGCUCACCUCGCAAAGAAGUGAUGAAGCUUCAGCAGCAUCCAUAGACAUCAUAUUUAAGUACUUGUGUCCUUUUUUUGCUGCAGUGUCUGUUGUAUUGUGAUAUAGGAACACAACA